AUGGUUGUGGCUCUGGAUGCAGUGUGGGUGAGGGUGAAGGGGGUGUGCAAACAGAAUGGACUCCUCAUUCUGUCUGUGUUGGCUGUGGUCAUAGGAUGCCUGCUGGGCUUCUUCCUAAGGACUAAAAGGCUCACAGAGCAGGAAGUGAAGUAUUUCCAGUUCCCUGGAGAGCUGCUGAUGAGGAUGUUGAAGAUGCUCAUCCUUCCGCUUGUUGUGUCCAGUCUGAUGUCAGGGCUAGCAGCCCUAGAUGCUAAGUGUUCCAGCAGACUGGGCCUUAUCACCGUGUCUUACUACCUCUGGACCACCUUUGUAGCAGUGGUGGUGGGCAUCAUCAUGGUGUCCGUCAUCCACCCUGGAGGAGCAGCCCAGAAGGAGGACUCCGAGGAUAGCGGCAAGGCCAUCAUGAGCUCUGCCGACGCCCUGCUUGACCUCAUCCGCAACAUGUUUCCAGCUAACUUAGUUCAAGCCACAUUUCAACAGUACCGGACGAGAAGUGUUCCCAUUAUGAAAACGCCGAAGGCCACAGUGAGUCAGAGCCUAUCAGAGUCCACCACAAGGCGAGCACUCAUAUACGGUAUCCAGGACGACAACGGAACAGAGCUCCAGAACUUCUCCUUGGACCUGACUCCUCCCCCAGACGUAUACUUCAAAACAUUACCGGGAACCAGUGACGGAAUGAACGUCCUUGGAAUCGUCAUCUUCUCAGCCACUAUGGGUAUAAUGCUGGGCAGGAUGGGGCCCAACGGCAGCGCCUUGGUCAACUUCUGCCAGAGCCUGAACGAGGCUGUCCUGAAGAUUGUUGCUAUCGUCAUCUGGUACUUCCCAUUCGGCAUCGUGUUCCUGGUGGCCGGUAAGAUCCUGGAGAUGAGUGAUCCGUCGGCCAUGGGUAAGAAGCUGGGUUUCUAUGCUGUCACGGUGGUCUUUGGUCUGAUCCUCCAUGGGCUCUUCAUCCUCCCGGCCAUGUACUUCUUCAUCACCAAGAAGAGCCCCAUCGUCUACAUCAGGGGCAUCCUGCAGGCCCUGCUCAUCGCCCUGGCAACAUCCUCUAGCUCUGCAACUCUGCCUAUCACCUUCAAGUGCCUCCUGGAGAACAACCACAUCGACCGACGCAUUAUCCGCUUUGUGCUCCCCGUGGGUGCCACCAUCAACAUGGAUGGGACGGCGCUCUACGAGGCCGUGGCUGCCAUCUUCAUCGCCCAGGUCAAUAACUACGAGCUGGAUUUUGGACAGAUCAUUACCAUUAGCAUCACUGCCACAGCAGCCAGCAUCGGUGCUGCAGGAAUUCCACAGGCUGGUCUGGUAACUAUGGUGAUCGUGCUAACGUCUGUUGGGUUGCCAACUGAUGACAUCACUCUCAUCAUUGCAGUGGAUUGGGCAUUAGACAGAUUCCGGACCAUGGUGAAUGUUAUGGGGGAUGCGUUGGCCACAGGUAUCAUGGCCCAUAUCUGCAGAAAAGACUUUAUCAAGGAAGGAGAUGGUGUGCCUCUGAUCUGUGAGACCAAGCCCAUGAUAAACAUCCAGCAGCACAUGAACUGUGAGAACAACAACGGUAGCUACCAGCCACCUCCCCAGUGCUCAGGGGUCAAACCAGAUGCCUUCCCCCCCGACGUUGCCCGCCUCAUGCAGUUGGAGGAAGGGGUGCGGCCCCCGCCCCCUCCAGAGAGGAAAAAGCCCCCUGUGCCUCCCAGGCAGCUGAAGAAGGAUAAGGACCACUGUGCCAUUGACAUGAAUGGCCUGGAAACCAACGUAUAG